CGAUCAGUCGUAAGGCUGGACUCUCAGGUCUUUGGAUAGAUGUCAGUGUGAGGGAGGGAGGAAGGAAGGAGGAAGGGAGAGCGAGAGAGGGGGAGCAGGAGGAAAAGAAGUGAAGCAUCUCCUCGAGUACAGCAAAUUGAGCACAAGAACAGACUGAUUACUGUCUAACAGCUUACUCAACUUUUCACCGGAGUAAAUGAUAGACUUCAAAAAUACGCAUCACUGUUUGACAAAACCACACAGCUGGCGGAACAGUGACAUUCUGACUCCUAAUGGUAUAGUUAUCUCCUGUGGAAGAAAAAUCAAUACGGGCUGUCUCGUUAACUCUGAAGCCAUCCUGGAUAUCCACUGAGAAUGUCAGGUCUGGUUGAGCCACGGAGAGGGAGUUUUUUUAAGGCUUUUGUCUGCUCAUCACAGUUGAUUGACACGCUUGCUUUAGAGAUUGGAGAGCUGAAGAUGGGUCAUUCAAUCCCUGAUGCAGAUGAAGAUGCUCAAUAUGCCCAGUGGCUGCACAGUGCGCAAGAGGACAUGGACUAUGACUUUCAGAGAGAAGAAGCUGCUAAGUACUGGAUGAGGGAUUCUGGCUAUGAAAGCUUCUUAUGCAACCUCAGUAUUUUUGAUCGGCUUCUACACACCCAUCCAGUCUGGCUGCAUCUCACCCUGAGUGAUGAGGAUGCUCUGCGCAUUCUACAACCUGAGGAUGCAGGGAUCUUUCUGGUCCGAAGAUCGUGCAGGACGCAGAAGAAAGUCAUAUCCAUGCGUUUACCUGAAUCGGGAUCUCAUUUUGUUCAAGAUUUUCCAAUAAAAGAAAGCCAAUAUACUUUUUCACUGGAAGGAUCUUGCCUGAGCUUCGCAGACUUGUUUAGGCUCAUCGCUUUCUACUGUAUCAGCAGGGAUGUGCUGCCUUUCCCUUUAAAAUUGCCUCAUGGAAUUACAGCUGCCAAGACUGAGACAGAGCUGGAAGCAAUUGCAUUCUUGGGUCUGGAGUUCUGGAGUUCUCCUGUGUACAAGAGAGUAGCCAAGAAUCCUGCACCUCCUACCAGUCCUCUCAACACAGGCUGCCUAAGCACAGAAACGAAGCAGCCCUCUCUCUUAAAUGGAGUGCAUUCCAUACAGACACGGACGCCUUCAGAGCUGGAAUGUAGCCAGACCAAUGGUGCUUUGUGCUUUAUAAAUCCCUUGUUUUUAGAAGUGCAUAGCAAAGAUAUUAACGGCAGCCUAAAAAGGCAGUGUGCAAAAUCCAGGGAGGCGGGCAGGCCCUAUUUCCCCCCACCCCGACCACCGCCCCCUCGGCUGAGCACGAACAUGAACCAGACCAACAGCCCAGCGACAAGCAGCAGUCAAGCAGGUGAAGAUGCUGGCAUGUUCAAACGCCCAGGGACAAAAGCUGUUCCGAUCCCACCGCCCCGCAACAAGAAGCAAGCCAAUAGUUCGGAAAUGGAAAGAAACUCGACACCUAUACUGAGAGCUGCACAGAAAAUCUUUGAUUACACCUCAGAGGAGGCAGUGACUGCUGGAAGCAAGGGUGAGGCUCAGUCAUUGCACAACGUGAUUUGUAGUGGUGAAGGAUCAGCUGGAAAUAUCAGUACUCAAAUCCUGGAAAUCAAAGAGAGACAGCGACUUAGCGACAUGAGCAUGUCGACCACUUCUACGGAAUCAGAUUCCAGCACUAUGGAUGUCGAACGCAAUUGCCCUUAUAACCACGAAGGCGACACAAACAGCAGCUUGGAGGAUUCUGACGCUGAGAGUGACCAGGAGGUUGCCCCCCCACCUUGCACCCCCAAAAAGAAAAGACACGGCUCUUUUGUCUUCCCGAAAAUUGUAAAGUCGCACAUUCAAAAAGUUAGCGGCGUGUUCAGUUCGUUCAUGACCCCGGAGAAAAGAAUGGUUAAGAAAAUUGCAGAAAUGUCCCAGGAUAAGCGCACAUACUUUGGGUGCUUGAUCCAGGACUACAUCAGCUUUUUCAAGGAAAACAAGGAUUGCCACGUCUCCAGUACAGACAUGCUACUCACUAUUCGCCAGUUCAUGACCCAGGUUAAAAGUUACUUGAUCCAGAGCUCGGAGUUGGACCCACCAAUAGAAUCCCUCAUCCCUGAAGAUGAAAUAGGUUUUGUUUUGGAGAAAGCGAUGCACAAAUGCAUUCUGAAGCCGUUGAAAUCUUAUAUUUACGCAACUUUGAAACAAUUUCACAUCUCUGAUGGCUCCUGGAAGCAGUUGAAAGAAAAUCUGCUCUCUGUUAAACAGAAAGUGCCUAAGGAGCUGGGAGUAGAUGCUGCCGUCCCUGAUGCUGUUACCUUGGAUAAAAUAAAGCAUAAGCUUUCGAAUAUGCAGAAGGCAUACUCUCCUGAGAAGAAGGUGUGCCUACUGCUAAGGGUCUGUAAAGUUAUCUACACUGUCAUGGAGAACAAUUCAGGGAGGUUAUAUGGGGCUGACGACUUCCUGCCAAUGCUGACCUACAUUGUAGCCCAGUGUGACAUGCCAGAGUUGGAGAUUGAGAUUGAAUACAUGAUGGAGCUGUUGGAUCCAUCACUGCUGCAUGGAGAAGGUGGCUAUUACCUGACCAGUACAUAUGGAGCCCUCUCGCUUAUAAAAAAUUUCCAAGAGGAACAAGCAGCCAGGUUACUGAGCUCACAAACCAGGAAUACCCUAAACCAAUGGCACAAGAGGAGGACUGCAAACAGCAGGACAGCUCCUUCUGUGGAAGACUUCCAGAACUACCUGCGUGUGGCCUUCAACAACACAACAAGUGGUUGUACAGCAAAGACCUUACUGGUAAGACCAUUUACAACGACAGAGGAGCUGAGUGACCUUUGCGCUGCCAAGUUCCAAGUUCAGGACACUGAGAACUAUAGUCUUUUCCUUCUGAUCAAUGACACUUGGCAGCAGUUGGCUCCUGAUACCUUUCCACAGAAAAUCAAAGCAGAGCUGCACAGUCGGCCUCAGUCACAGCUGUUUUAUUUUGUCUACAAGCGCCUUCACAGCGACCUUCCCAGCAACUUCAUUGAGAACAGCACCGCGCUUCCAGAAGAAUGCAACACUACUUCUUAAACAACUAAAUUACCUUUUUUCUUUACUGGAAGGGCAUCUUCGAGGUUGUUUUCCGUUUUAUUUGAAUUAAUUUUUGUAACAUGCCAGGGGUGUGUAUUCGUAGAACCCAGUAAACCUUAAUAGGUGAACCAUUGCUGAUGUUCUUGGAGCAAUGUGUGUAACGCUUUGCCAGAGACACAGCUGGUUACUGGGUUUCUCCAUCUUCUUGCAACAGAAAUUCACUCUGUGCGUGGCAAAGACCAGUCAGAUGCAAUGCAUCAGUGAAACUGUCACAGUAGCUGGAUGAUCUGCAUCCUACUCUUAGACUAAAAGUGGGAAUAAAAUCAGUUUGGGCGCAGGCUGCAUAAAUGGUUUUAUGUUUAUAGGAAGACUGUGUUUCUGUGGAUCCCAGAGACAUUAAUUUGGUAGCAGUUGCUGGUUAACUGAAAGUUUUUUUAAUAUUUUUUUAAGCCAGAAAUGAUUAUUCUUGUAAACAUCUGGGCAUAUAAUUGUAACAAUUGUUAUUUUUUUUUUUAGUUUUUUUUAUUAUUCACAAUAUAUUGAUCAAUAUUUUUUAUCUUGAGCUUAGGGUAUUUGCUCGACGGAUGAAAUUGUUCUUUGAAUCAUUCACAACACAGCUGUUGUACAAUUGUGUAAUACUGCUGCAACAUUUCCGGCCUUGCGAUGCCAUCUGGCCUUUUAUUCAGCUCCAAAUGAGAUGCAACACCUCCCUGUAAAAUAUCCAGUGAUGUGGCCUGUGUGAGAUUGCUGCUCCAGGCAUAUUAAUCAGCACCCAAAUCCACGUAAUUUUUUCGGAUGCAAAUGCUGUGGCCAAUUCUGGGCACCACGCAUCAGGAAGGAUAUCAAGGCCUCAAAGAGGGUGCAGAGGAGAUUUACUAGAAUGGCACCAGGGAUGUGGGAUUUCCGUUAAGGUGGAGAGGCUGGAGAAGCUCCUUCGAGCAGAGAAAGUUUAAGUUGAUGGGGGUGUUCAAGAUUAUGAAGGGCGGAUGAGGAGAAACUGUAUCUAGUGGCAGAAGGUUGGUAACCAAAGGUUUAAGGUAACUGGGGGAGAAACAGAGGUGACAUGAAGACAAAAGAAAUUACAUGGUGUGUCGUCCUGAUCUGGAAUUCACUGUGUGAAAGGAUAGUGCAAACAGAUUCAGUAGUAACUUUCAAAAGGAAUUGGAUACAUGGUUGAACAGGAAAGAUUUACAGGACAAUGGCGGGAAAAAGCAGAGCAAUGGGACUAAUUGGAUAGCUCUCUCCAGGAGCCAGUAUAUGCACCAGGGGCCAAAUGGCCUGCUCCUCUGCUGUAUUAUUCUAUGAUUUUAUGAAACAGUUUGGAGAGAGCACAUGGUGUAGGAAAUGACAAGAGGCUGAGAGCUGAAGAAACUUGUUGGAUCGGAACUGUGCUCUGCAUCUAACCUGCAUUGUACCUGACUGGGGAGUGCUUGCUCAUUGUCACUGGAGGCCCAAAAUGGCGAAUGUUGCAUUUCCUAGCAUUAUUCAUCCCUCAUCUUGAGGAGCACAAAACAAAUGUCCUUGGACUGGCGCCUCAGCACAGGAAAGAGCUCGAAGAGUGGGCAGUGGAAAGUUGAAUGAGAGAGAGAGACAGAGAGAGAGAGAGAGCAGCAGCCUAAAAGGGAAACAAAAGAAUGUUAGAUUGUAGAAAGGGUCAGGGUAGUGUGGCCCAACAGUAUAGAAAGUAAAAUAAAAGCAAAACACUGUGGAUGCUGGAAAUCUGAAACAAAAACAGAAAAUGCUGGACAAACUCAGCAGGUCUAAUAGCAUCUGUGGAGAGAAAAACAGAGUUAAUGUUUUGAGUCCGGUUUUUGUUUCAGUAUAGAAAAUAAACCUGACCACACAAUUAUAGGUUUAUUUUCCAGCUUUACCUACCAAUCAAAUCCACCUUCUAUAAUCAUUCUCAUCUGAGCUGCCAGAUGGCAAGCAGGGUAGGAAAGAAAUACUGAUCUUUACUGCAUUUAUGUUCAGUUGAUAUAUCAUUAUGUUUACAUUACUGUAUCUUCACUGCACUCAACUGCCACUUAAACAUUCCAUGCUAGCUUUUAACAGUGAGAUUAUCUUGUGUUUAACCCAGUUGACUACCUGUAGAAGAUAGCAUUAUCAUCACUCCUUGCAUUAUUGUGUCUGUAUUUUGAGGGCCCACUUUUAUCAGCUGAUCUUGUUUUGUAAAAUGCUGCGAAAUUGCAUCAACUUUAAAGUGUUCAUUGUUGGAGCUGUGUUUUUUUUUCUCUGACGCUUGUGUUGGAAUCCAGCCCAGAACAAUGGGAUCAGUGGGUCCUCCCUCUCUAAGCCCUGAGGCUCCUAUAGUGCAAUGAUUUUCGGCUGUUUUGAGGCAGUGGCUCUAUUGCACGAAACUGCACGCAUAUUAGCACUAAGUGGACCGCCUGACUUGGAGAGGCAUCGAGGGCGGUCAAUGGGAAAUGGAAACCUUCACAUUGAUACAACCCAUGGCACUGUCCUGUGGCUUGGGUUGGGACAUUAAGGACAGUGAUGGAGAGGCUUGAAGAAAAGAAUCAAUGCUGAAAGGCAAUGGGGCAAAUGAAAGCUGAGAGAAAAUUGAUUGCUAUCAAAUAACAUAAAGAAAAAAAACCAUGGAGCUGCUGAAUUAUGUCUACAUUAAGUGGCCAGACUCCAUGUGGUCCAAGGGUAGCAUCAGUGCAACCAGGGUUGGAUUUUCUUUUGUCUUAUUAUGAUGAAAUUUUGUCAAGCGAGCAAAGAUAUUCCACAUGAUUCUCUACACACAACAUUUAAGCCCAAAUUCUAAACACAGGGGAAUGUCAAGGGACCUUUGAGACAUUUUAUAGAGUGUACACAUAACAGUGCAUAUAAUCCCACCCUUGGGUUACUUGCCUCUGUUCACUUGCAAACCAUUGCAUGAGGGUCUUAAUCUUACAAACUUAACCUUGCAAAUUUUUGAAUUUAGCACUCCUAGUUUCUCUUACAAAUUCAGAAAAGAUAUUUUUAAAUUACAUUUCUGAUUUAGCUGACAUGGUUGGUGAGCCUCCCCACUAAACAUAGCAGCUCCAAGGGCCAGUAAGAUAUUACAUGGUGGAAGCUGUUAAGUGCAUAAACCAGUUUGACAUUCCCAAUAGUUGCAAUGCCUAUAAAAGGCUAGAUCAGGGAACUACAUUCCCUGAGAGUCAAUGCUGUUCUCCUGUAAGCUGCAUUCAGUAUCUUUCUGGGUUCUUCUGCAAGCUGAUGAUCAUGAAAUGGCAAAAUGUCUUUGGCAGAAGCUUAUUGGCCAAGUUUUCCAUCUAUCCCCUUUGAGCUUCACUCUAUCAUCCUACAAUUCCAACCUAUAAACCACCUCCUGGUUUCAUGCUUUUCUACUUGUUUGAUAUGUUCCUAGAGAAGUUAGGUAUUACAUGGAACAAUAGCAUAUUCAUGACCACUGGUAAACCAAAACCUCUGUUUCAGUGAUGCAGUUGAACCACAUUCUGUGGCAUUGACUGGUGCAGAGCAAAAAUUGCCAAUUACCAGCAUAAGAACAGGUUAUACUACUGUGUACUAUGGGAACAAAUUGUUAACCUGGAAUUUGCUUACAUACAAUUUAUAUGUAGGUAGAUUGCCUUUUAAUGAUAUGACAUUUGUGAUUUUUGUAUGUAGUUUAGAACAGUAUUAAGAAUUUGUAUACCAGUAUGGCAGUAAGAUUUUUGGUCAUGACUGCAAAACCCCUCUUUACUGUAUAAGUGUACUGCCUAUACAACUGAAACAUUGUAUGUUGCACGUAAUAAAAGCUGAAUGGUUUAGUGAAA